GACAGGUUGAGGACUCCACAUCACCAAGACUUCUACUACCACAGUUUCAUACUGACCUACAGAGCUUCUGCUGUGACCAUCAUCCACACAUCAGACCACCGUCCAGACAGACAGAGACAUCUGAGACUCCGGCAGAAGGAGACAGAGCUUUUACAGGAGCAGUAGUAGGCUUUCGGACAGAUCACACCAGGGGACAGUGGUUCUUCAAGUCUGACCCACUUCAGGUUAUAAAAACAGCCUUCACCCAGUGGAGUUGACACAGUCAGGACUGGCGUGUACAGCAGCCAACCCAGAGAUGAGUGUGUCCACGUGUCAGAUGAAGGAACGUUACAACCAGCAGGGAUUCCUCUCUGCUGUACCGGUCCUAGACGACACAGAGCUGAGGGAGGCCAGACAGGCCUUCAACCACCUGGAGAGAGAGUUCGGUGAGGAGUAUACCCAGUACAGUCUCCACAAUGUGCACCUGCAGUACCCCUGGGUGAUGGGCCUGGCCAAACACCCCCACAUCCUACAGGUGGUACAGUCCAUCCUGGGCUCUGAUGUCAUCCUGCUAGACUCACGCUUCAUCUGCAAGUACCCAACAACCCCCACACCCCACCCCACAGCCACACAGGCAGGAAAUGAUGCCAUCACUCUGACCAGUGAGGAGGAGGUGAGGUCAUCAGACAAGGACCAGCAGAGUGAGACUGGACUGCCCUUCGUGGCCUGGCACCAGGAUAUGAGGUACUGGGGAAUAGCUGGGGGUCCAGUCCUGUCGGUGUGGCUGGCUCUAGACGACUCACUGGCAGAAAACGGAGCACUGAAGGUCAUCCCAGGAAGCCACUGCUCUGGCAUGCUGCCCCACCAACUCGCCUCCCGCCCCGGAAACAUGCUGUCAGUCAACCAGGAGAUCCCUGAGGAGCUGGUGCAAACGGAUAGCGCUCUACUCUGCCCCCUGCUGGCUGGGCAGAUGUCUAUCCAUGAUGGGUUCCUGGUCCACGCCAGUGACCCCAACACUUCCCAGAAGAGACGCUGUGGCUUCGUGAUACGAUACGUCCCUACCUGUGCCUACCCUAUACAGGACCCAGACCGUCCCAGGCGUUUCCAUGCUACAGUGAUGGCCAGUGGAUCAGACCAGUUCAGUCACUUCUCCACCUUGCUGUGAUGAGCCUUACAGCACAACUACAACCAUAUCCAUAGAGAUACCAUUACCGUAUUACUGUCUGAUACUUAGAGGAACCUAAUGAUACUGUACUCACCUUGAUGACUUACUGCUGUGUUCACCUUGAUGACUUACUGCUGUGUUCACCUUGAUGACUUACUGCUGUGUUCACCUUGAUGACUUACUGCUGUGUUCACCUUGAUGACUUACUGCUGUGUUCACCUUGAUGACUUACUGCUGUGUUCACCUUGAUGACUUACUGCUGUGUUCACCUUGAUGACUUAUUGCUGUGUUCACCUUGAUGACUUACUGCUGUGUUCACCUUGAUGACUUACUGCUGUGUUCACCUUGAUGACUUACUGCUGUAUUCACCUUGAUGACUUACUGCUGUGUUCACCUUGAUGACUUACUGCUGUGUUCACCUUGAUGACUUACUGCUGUGUUCACCUUGAUGACUUACUGCUGUGUUCACCUUGAUGACUUACUGCUGUGUUCACCUUGAUGACUUACUGCUGUGUUCACCUUGAUGACUUACUGCUGUAUUCACCUUGAUGACUUACUGCUGUGUUCACCUUGAUGACUUACUGCUGUGUUCACCUUGAUGACUUACUGCUGUGUUCACCUUGAUGACUUACUGCUGUGUUCACCUUGAUGACUUACUGCUGUGUUCACCUUGAUGAUAUCGGAUGAACGGUUUAAAAAUCACUUUUUGUACAUAGCCCCCAUAUUAGGAGACCAAAAGUACUGUGACAAAUUCCCUUCUAUGUAUUAAAGUAGUCAAAAGUUUACUAUUUGGUCCCAUGUUCAUAGCACACAUUAACUAUAUCAAUCUUGUGACUCUACAAACGUGUUGGAUGCAUUUGUUGUUUGUUUUGGUUGAGUUUCAGAUUAUUUUGUGCCCAAUAGAAAUGUUAAAUAAUGUAGGAUUAGAAUCGACUAUGUUUCCAAACACUUCUACAUUAACGUGGAUGUUAUCAUGAUUACGGAUAAUCCUGAAUGAAUCUUGAUUAAUGACAGACAAAAACAUCAUACUCUCCAAAAAUUCUAACCUCUAAUUAAUGGUGAGAGGUUAGCAUGUCUUGGGGGUAUGAUAUAAAAUGCUAACCUCUGUUUUCGGGGUAUGAUGUGUGCAUUUAACUUUUUUUACUUUCUCCCUCAUCAUUAUUCAUUCAGGACUAUAUGUCGUCAUGGUAACGUCCAUGUAGAAGUGUUUCAAACCGUACAGCAUGUGUCACUGUCCCAAUACCGGUGGAGCUCACAGUAUCUAGGUUGGACUGGGUUGGACUGGGUCGGACUGGGUCGGACUGGGUCGGACUGGAGUCUAUCUCAUGUUUCUGUAGAGUGGAUCAGAACGGCCCGUAGGGCAGGAGUCCAUCUCCUGUUUCUGUAGAGUGAAC